UUGUACUGGGAGCUUAGUUGUUUUGAUCAUAUGACUUCUUUACAGCUAAGGUAGCUAGCUAUUCAUUCUAACUAGCUAGCUGUAGUGAGUGGCCAUUAAAAUGGAUGAUAAAGGGAAGAAAGAAGAGACCAAGUCCUUACUAGAUGACGAAGAUGACACGUUAACACCAGAUGACAGUGAUCGCGGAGUGGUUGCUCAAAAGAGUGGUGAUGUGAAGUCAAGCAAGUGGUGGAAGUUCAACUUCCCAUUCUCCGUCCUCUUCAUCGUUGGCAAUGAGUUCUGUGAGAGAUUCUCGUACUAUGGGAUGAGAGCCGUCCUCGUGUUGUUCCUGGUCAAGCAGCUACAGAUAGAUGAGAACUCCUCCACUGCUAUCUACCAUGCCUUCAUCAUGCUCUGCUAUCUAUUGCCACUCGCUGGGGCACUCAUAGCUGACUCAUGUCUAGGGAAAUACAUGACCAUCCUGUCGCUGUCGCUGGUGUACGCUGUUGGUAAUGUCCUCGUGUCAGUCUCUGCCAUACCAUUCUCGCUACCAGCUGAAAUAGCUCUGGCUGCUAUAGGCCUGAUAGUGAUUGCCAUGGGAACUGGUGGUAUCAAACCCUGUGUGUCCGCAUUCGGAGGAGACCAGUUCAAAGACGACCAAGGAGACAACCUCCGAAGGUUCUUCUCCAUGUUCUACUUCUCUAUAAAUGCAGGCAGUGUCAUCUCAACCCUCCUCACUCCAGUGCUGAGAAAUGAUUUGAAUUGUUUUGGUACUUGUCAGUGCUUUGCCCUGGCCUUUGGUGUACCCGCUGUCCUCAUGGUGAUAUCACUGGUCAUCUUCAUAGCAGGCACAAAGUUCUAUGUCAUCAAAAAACCCAAGAGAGAGCACGCUGCUCUCUACCUGCAAGUGCCCGCCUCUAUAGUGACUGCAGUUUAUCGGAGAGGUAAGCUCGGACGAUCUGAUGAUGAGCAGAAACACUGGCUACAAUAUGCCGUCCCUAAAUACAGUGUGAAGUUCAUGGAAGAUGUGCGACUGUUCCUACGAGUGCUAGUGAUGCUGUUACCACUGCCUAUAUUCUGGGCUCUAUUUGACCAACAGGGAUCACGAUGGACUCUACAAGCCACCAGAAUGAAUGGAAAACUCGGAGCCAUUACCAUACAACCUGAUCAGAUGCAAGCACUCAACCCUGUUCUCAUUCUAGUCUUUAUUCCAAUAUUCGAGAUUGUGGUUUACCCUCUGUUUGGAAAAUGCCGUCUACUCAAAAGGCCUCUACAGCGCAUGGUCGUUGGCAUGGCGAUCGCUGGACUAGCUUUCAUAGUGGCUGGUGUUGUUCAGAUAUCGGUACAAAAUGCUGCCAUUAACCUCAAGGCAGGAGAGUCAAAGCUAGUACUGGUCAACACAUCCCCUCAGGACAUGCAGUUGAGCCUCACUUCAAUGGAGGGAAAUGACAGCGUCUUGUACUCUUAUAACUUGACGCAAGGGGAGAGCCGUGUAACUCCUCCAUUGGCCGUUGGCUACUACACUCUCAACGGGACUGGUAUACAAGAUAUAGACCUUGACCUCUUGGAGCAGAACAUCACUCAGAUCGUGUUUGCACUGAACAACACUGGCAGUAUAGUCCCCAUCAUGAGUGAGUAUGAAGAUGUACCGGUCGAUGGUGGAAUGUCCAGUAUACAGAUUGUGAGCACACUGAGAGGGGGUAGGGUGCUGGAUGUUGUCCUGGGAUAUGAUGGGGACUCCCCGGGAGAAUGUGCCGAUACAUCAUUCAACGCCCCCGCACUCACAUCUCUAAACUCCUCAGAGAGGAAGGAGAUUGACGUGGGCAGGUAUCAGUAUCGCAUCACUGAACUGGGCACUUCUCCCAACGAUACGAUUGAAGGGACCCUUUCGAGAGAUUUCCUAGGAGGAGCAACAUACACACUUAUAAUCAGCCAAGGGACACAGUUGAACGUGACAGUGGUGGACGUGGACGCCCCCAACUCUGUGUCCAUGUUCCUCCAGGUUCCCAUGUACGUGCUCAUCACAGCUGGAGAGGUCAUGUUCUCAGUCACAGGGUUAGAGUUCGCUUACUCACAGGCCCCUAUCAGUAUGAAGUCAAUGUGUCAAGCUGCUUGGCUUAUGACGGUUGCCUUUGGUAACCUAGUGGUCAUCAUCAUAGCAGAGGCAAAGAUCUUCGAGGAUCAGUCAAUCGAGUUCUUCUUUUUCGCUAUUCUCAUCUUUGCCGUCACCAUCAUCUUUGCGAUUAUGUCGUUCUUCUACAAGUACGUUGACCCCGCCCAGAUAGCACAAAGCGACCAAUCAGAUGAAGAUGCCAGUGGUGGGGGUGGCGGAAGCGACGAAUCGAGUGCUCUUAUUCUAGACAAGUCUGUAGGGGCAGAGUCAGAACAAACCAUCCCCUCAGGGGGUAGUGAUUUAGAUUUAGAUUUUGGAACUACUUCAGAAUUCUGAGAAUGGAGUUUCCGUGUAUUGUCAUGUGAUUAUAUCCCAUUGUGUACAUGUAAAGUGUGCGAGUUCUUAUAAUUUUAAUUAUAGUUAGUUUUGUUGGCCAUUUUUUCAACACAUGUUAUUACUUGCACUUUUAGCAAUUAUUUAA